AGGUGUUUGGGUGUUUGGAUGUUUCAGUGUCCGGAUGUACAGCAGAGCGGGGAGGGAGCCGCCAGGGAGCCGCCAUGGAACAAAGCUCCAUUGUUUCAUUGUUUACAACAUCAUCGAAGUAACGAGAGGAAGCGCAGUAGGAAAGAGCUUCAAUCAGGGGGAUAUCUCAUUCGAAACCAUGUUUAGAGGGAUCAUUGCUAGACAUCCAGUUGGAUUUAUCGGUAGAGCCGUCAAUUCUAGGUCACUGGUCAGGUAUAACCAGGGCAUUAAGCUGUCUGCGAGAAGACUCCAGUCAACUGUUGUUGAUGGUGAAAAGCAGCAAAGAGUUAAGAAACAGUCGUCUGUGAUCUCGCUUGUGUUGGCUUCUUUCAUCCUUGGUGCCACGACGGCGUUCCUGUUCCCUCUCAGCGAUAUCGCUAAGCUCGUUGUCCUUGAAACGUUGCCUACUGAUGAAGAAGGUGUUGAGAGGUACAAGGAGAAGUUGGAGGUGAAGCUGACUGAGAUUCCACUGUACAAGCAGCUGCAAUCAGAUCCUCAGUGGAGAUCUGUCAGGGCCUGGAACUAUAUGGAUUCCAAUACGUUGAACGAGACCAUGACAUCUGGCACUCUAUCUGUGCCCGGAGGUUUCGCCAUUAAACCGGUGCUGUUUGUGAAUUCGACAACAAGGGAGACUGUCACGAUCUUCCACGUGGGUGAAAGAAUGUGUGGUUAUCCUUUCUUGGUCCACGGUGGUAUCCUUGCUACAAUUUUGGACGAAACUCUGAAGAGAUCCUCAUCUUUCCUAUUUGGCAUCGACCCAGCGUCUGAGUAUACUCCGGAUAAAGUGAAGACAAACCGCAUCGAAUUGCAGUACAGAUUCCCAACGUUGGCAAAUAACUUUCUGGUGGUUAAGGCUCGCUGCGUUGAUGGACACGUUGAAGGUGAUAUCGAGACUGUUCAAGGACGUCUGCUGGUACAAGGUGUGGGACAUUUCUCACAACGUACAUCUGUUGAAACCAAUUCUAAGCCGGCAAAGAAGAGAUGGUUCUUCUUUUAA